UUUACCAUUCCUGUGGCCUUCCGCGUGCUCACGGGCUCCGAGUACUGCCACCUCACCAUAAGCUCCGACGGCAGGAGCUGCGUCACGGACGGCCCCGGCAACUACGGCGACAAUGAGGAAUGCACUGUCGAGGUGCUGCAGACCGGCCUGCUGUCCGCCACCGAGUUUAACACUGAAUCGGGCUACGACUACAUCACCAUCGAUAGCAAGCGGUACCAGGGGGCGGCAGGGCCCAGCAACCUGCCCGUCACCGCGGGGACCAGGUUCACCUGGCAGUCGGACGGAGGUGUGACCGAUAUGGGCUGGACGAUUUGCUUCCAGCAGUCGCCUCUGCCGCCGCCACCGCCGCCGUGGGAGGACGACCCGAUAACGAGCCCUUGGCCCGACAUCGCGGGCUACACCCCCGGCUCGGACGUGACCAAGCACGCCAACCUCGACCUCGACCAGCAGGCUCUGGUGCAGGCGCUCAAGGAAAGCACCCCGAACUGGGACCUGGCCGAGGAAUCGUACGCCGUCGGCGGGUACUCGCUGUCGGGCAAGGUCCCCAACGGGCUCCGCACCAUGAAGGGCUUCUCCGCCGGCGCCGAGGGCAAGAUGUACAACGGCUGCGCCGGCUGCCCGUACAAGACCUUCUCGGCCUUCUACGACUACUACGGCGACUUUGACUAUGCGGACAAGUGGGUGAGCGCCGCCCUCGACGGCGCCAACAUGGCCUUCAGCAGCGGGCGGCACGGCCCGAACGACUUCGCCACGCUCGGCGACGCCGCGCGGAUCGAGGCGGUCAAGAAGGGGACGGCGUACAUGAACGUGUGGAUGUACGUGAUCCGCGAGUUUGAGGACGCGAUCGACGACUGCUUCAACUGCCCGGACGGUCUGAACUGCAACGACUUCUCGGACUCCUUCUCUUCGGACAGCCCUCAGUACAAUGCGGUGCACGCGUGGGACGAGGGCGUCGCCUUCUACGCCGGCUCGCUCGAGGGCCUAAAUGUGGGUGGCAGCUCGGCCGGCGAGAUGGUCUACCGGCUCGCGGAGAAGCGGUGCGCCAACUUUGGCACCUGCGAUGAGACGGGGCUGUCGAACGUCAACAAGGAGCUGCUCGAGGACUUCAUCUUGGGCGAGGAGCUCCUCAAGAAGGGCCUCUGCUCCAACGUGCGCCCCAUCGUCGACAGGAUCAUCAAGCAGAUGACGGUGCCGCUCGUGCAGGGCUCGCUCCGCUACGCGUACAAGGUCGGCGAGUCAAUCCCGGGCGAGACGGUGGUGGGUUCGGAUCGGUCGCAGAAAAACGCGGCGGAGGGCGCCGUCUUCACGGCGGCCGUGCUGCCCCUCGUCCACGAGUGCAACGUCGCCGCUGCCAAGACCAUCAGCGACAAGAUGAAGUUCGGCCUGUACGACCAGGGCGUCUUCCCCGACUUUGCGGCGGUCAAGGCCGCCUUCGAGAGCACCUACGACUGCCUCGGCAUCACGAGCGAUGACCUGACCAACCUCCUCGUCGUCCUUCCCAUCUCAGCCGGUAGCGUGGCACUCGGAGCUGCGGCGUCGUACAUUGUCUUGAGCGACGACCAGCUCCAUGUGAUGGCCUACUCUUGCUUCUCAAUUGCAGCAACGGAUCACCUGCUCCCCUCCUUGGGCAUUUUGUCGCGCGAAGCGAACUACGAGUACGUGGUUGCCGUCAUUACGACCGAUCUUGUGGAGUCGCGCACGGCCCGCAGUGGUGCGACUGACGGCAAUGACGGCGUGACUACGACCAACGCGACUCUCCUGAGGGAGGCCAGCGGCCGUUCAGGACGAUUUUUCCUCCAAUCCUCCGAUGACGAGAGCCCCUGGGGGAUCGUCUCUUCUCUCGCCCCCGCUCCGCCACCAUCGCCCCCUCCGACUCCCUGCGUCCACGACGACAGCAAGUGCUCGAGCAGCGGCAACGACUGCUACACCUACAGCGAGUCUGAGGCGCAGACCUGCAGCGACGGCUACACCGCCAGCCCUCACCCCGACGACCCUCGGAGCGACGGCCGCUACACGUGCUACCCGCCUCACUGCCGCUGUGACGCGUCCAAGUGCUCGAGCCGCGACGGCGACGACUGUUUGGCUUUCCCAGGUCACGAGGCGCAGACGUGCCGUGACGGCUACUUGCCGAUCGCGAUCAAUGACUGGCACAAGUGCUCGAGCGACGGCGACGACUGCUGGGCGGACCCGAACAUGGAGGCGCAGACCUGCAGCGACGGCUACACCGCCAGCCCUCACCCCGACGAGCCUCGGAGCGACGGCCGCUACACCUGCUACCCGCCUCACUGCCGCUGCGACGCGUCCAAGUGCUCGAGCGGCUUUGACGACUGCUGGACGACUGCUGGCACGCCAGACGAUGAGGAACAGACGUGCCGCGACGGCUACUUGCCGAUCGCGACCAAUGACUGGGGGCUCAAGUGCUCGAGCGGCGGCGACGACUGCUGGGCGGACCCGAACAUGGAGGCGCAGACCUGCAGCGACGGCUACACCGCCAGCCCUCACCCCGACGACCCUCGGAACGAAGGUCGCUACACGUGCUACCCGCCUCACUGCCGCUGCGACGCGUCCAAGUGCUCGAGCCGCGACGGCGACGACUGCUACGCGAGUCCACCCGGUGAGGCGCAGACGUGCCGCGACGGCUACUUGCCGAUCGCGACCAAUGCCGGGCACCACAAGUGCUCGAGCGGCGGCGACGACUGCUGGGCGGACCCGAACAUGGAGGCGCAGACCUGCAGCGACGGCUACACCGCCAGCCCUCACCCGGACGAGCCUCGGAACGAAGGUCGCUACACGUGCUACCCGCCUCACUGCCGCUGCGACGCGUCCAAGUGCUCGAGCUACGGCGACGACUGCUACGCGGACGGCACGCCAGACGGUGAGGCACAGACGUGCCGGGACGGCUACUUGCCGAUUGCGAUCCGCGACUGGCUCAAGUGCUCGAGCGGCGGCGACGACUGCUGGGCGGACCCGAACAUGGAGGCGCAGACCUGCAGCGACGGCUACACCGCCAGCCCUCACCCCGACGACCCUCGGAACGAAGGUCGCUACACGUGCUACCCGCCUCACUGCCGCUGCGACGCGUCCAAGUGCUCUAGCCGCGACGGCGACGACUGCUACGCGAGUCCACCCGGUGAGGCGCAGACGUGCCGCGACGGCUACUUGCCGAUCGCGAUCCGCGACUCGCACAAGUGCUCGAGCGGCGGCGGCUGCUGGGCGGACCCGAACUACGAGGCGCAGACCUGCAGCGACGGCUACACAACCAGCCCUCACCCCGACGACCCUCGGAACGAAGGUCGCUACACGUGCUACCCGCCUCACUGCCGCUGCGACGCGUCCAAGUGCUCUAGCCGCGACGGCGACGACUGCUACGCGAGUCCACCCGGUGAGGCGCAGACGUGCCGCGACGGCUACUUGCCGAUCGCGAUCCGCGACUCGCACUCGGGCGGCGACUGCUGCGGGGACGACGGCGGCUACUGCGGCAGCGAGUGGGUCUCGACGGACGCAUCGACGUGGAUUGAUACUUGCACUGGGCUCGACUUCAUCCGUGUCUCUCCAGGCUGCGGUGUGGAGGUGGCGACCGAGACCGGCGGCGGAGGAGAGACAUUCACGUACGACUCCAGCGUGCUCGUGUGCGGGUACGAGUGCGAGCCUCGGCCAACGCCGGGCUGCGACAGAGUGCGCUCGCUGCGACUGUUUCCGCUCGCGCCGCCGCCACCGCCGCACCCGCCGUUCCAGCCGGGCCAGGCACCUGCUCCGCCCCCUCCGUCUCCCUGCGUCCACGACGACAGCAAGUGCGUCGAGCCGACGUGCUGGGCGGACCCGAACAUGGAGGCGCAGACCUGCAGCGACGGCUACACCGCCAGCCCUCACCCGGACGAGCCUCGGAACGAAGGUCGCUACACGUGCUACCCGCCUCACUGCCGCUGCGACGCGUCCAAGUGCUCGAGCCGCGACGGCGACGACUGCUACGCGAGUCCACCCGGUGAGGCGCAGACGUGCCGCGACGGCUACUUGCCGAUCGCGACCAAUGCCGGGCACCACAAGUGCUUGAGCGGCGGCAACGACUGCUGGGCGGACCCGAACAUGGAGGCGCAGACCUGCAGCGACGGCUACACCGCCAGCCCUCACCCGGACGAGCCUCGGAACGAAGGUCGCUACACGUGCUACCCGCCUCACUGCCUCUGCGACGCGUCCAAGUGCUCGAGCCGCGACGGCGACGACUGCUACGCGAGUCCACCCGGUGAGGCGCAGACGUGCCGCGACGGCUACUUGCCGAUCGCGAUCCGCGACUCGCUCAAGUGCUCGAGCGGCGGCGACGACUGCUGGGCGGACCCGAACAUGGAGGCGCAGACGUGCAGCGACGGCUACACCGCCAGCCCUCACCCGGACGACCCUCGGAACGAAGGUCGCUACACGUGCUACCCGCCUCACUGCCGCUGCGACGCGUCCAAGUGCUCGAGCGCCGGCGGCGGCGACUGCUACGCGGACGGCAGGCCAGACGGUGAGGCACAGACGUGCCGGGACGGCUACUUGCCGAUCGCGAUCCGCGACUCGCACAAGUGCGUCGAGCCGACGUGCUGGGCGGACCCGAACAUGGAGGCGCAGACCUGCAGCGACGGCUACACCGCCAGCCCUCACCCGGACGACCCUCGGAACGAAGGUCGCUACACGUGCUACCCGCCUCACUGCCGCUGCGACGCGUCCAAGUGCUCGAGCCGCGACGGCGACGACUGCCACGCGGACGGCACGCCAUACGGUGAGGCGCAGACGUGCCGCGACGGCUACUUGCCGAUUGCGAUCCGCGACUCGCACAAGUGCUCGAGCGGCGGCGACGAUUGCUGGGCGGACCCGAACAUGGAGGCGCAGACGUGCAGCGACGGCUACACCGCCAGCCCUCACCCGGAGGAGCCUCGGAACGAAGGUCGCUACACGUGCUACCCGCCUCACUGCCGCUGCGACGCGUCCAAGUGCUCGAGCUACGGCAACGACUGCUACGCGAGUCCACCCGGUGAGGCGCAGACGUGCCGCGACGGCUACUUGCCGAUCGCGAUCCGCGUCUCGCACAAGUGCUCGAGCGGCGGCGACGACUGCUGGGCGGACCCGAACAUGGAGGCGCAGACCUGCAGCGACGGCUACACCGCCAGCCCUCACCCGGACGAGCCUCGGAACGAAGGUCGCUACACGUGCUACCCGCCUCACUGCCGCUGCGACGCGUCCAAGUGCUCGAGCCAGCAACGGCACUGCUACGCGAGUCCACCCGGUGAGGCGCAGACGUGCCGCGACGGCUACUUGCCGAUCGCUGUCCGCGAUUCGCACAAGUGCUGGAGCGGCGGCAACGACUGCUGGGCGGACCCGAACAUGGAGGCGCAGACCUGCAGCGACGGCUACACCGCCAGCCCUCACCCGGACGACCCUCGGAACGAAG